AUGCCCCGACGUGACUUGGUCCGCAUUGUGCUCGUGGGAGAUGACGGCGUGGGAAAGUCUUCUAUUAUCACUUCACUUAUCAAGGAAUCCUUCGUUACCAAUGUCCCUCAUGUCGUCCCAGAGGUCACCAUCCCCCCAGAGAUCACCCCUGAGAACUUUACAACCUCUAUUGUUGAUACAUCUUCCGCCCCUCGCUCGAGACCACACCUCCUCAACGCAAUCUCCCGAGCCCACGUAAUCUGCCUCGUCUACUCCAUCGCCGACCCCAGCUCGUUCGACCGCGUAGCAGAGUACUGGCUCCCGCUCUUCCGAAGAGAAGGCAUCAAUGUCCCGGUCAUCUUGGUUGGGAACAAGAUUGAUAUGAGGGGUGGGAGGGUGACGAACCAGGGGUUGGAGGAUGAGAGCGCGCCGAUUAUGCGUGAAUUCAAGGAAGUCGAGACGGUCGUGGAAUGUUCGGCGUUACUACCGCUCAACGUGUCGGAGGUGUUCUACUUUGCUCAAAAGGCGGUAUUGCACCCCACGGCUCCUCUCUAUGAUUCGAGAGAACAUACUCUCAAACCGAAAUGCCUGGAAGCUUUGAAGCGAAUCUUCAACAUUUCUGAUAUCGACAAGGACGGACUCUUGAACGCCCAUGAGCUGAACCAGUUUCAACAAAAAUGCUUCUCUGCCCCUCUACAAUCCCAAGAACUGGAAGGCAUCCUCGACAUCGUCCGCUCCUACGACCCCUACGCCGUCCAAUCCAUCCCCUCCUCCUCCUCAUCCUCCGUCCCCACCACUCCCCUCCCCCGCGAUCCUCAAUUCGGCUAUAUCAACCAUCCCCCCUCUCCGCCCCAAGAAGGUAUCACCGAACUCGGCUUCCUCUACCUCCACACCAUGUUUAUCCAACAAGGCCGCAUGGAAACUACUUGGACGGUCCUGCGCAAAUUCGGGUAUGGAGAGAGUCUGGAUUUGAGAGAAGACUUUUUGGCGCCGAGGUUUGAUGUGCCGUAUGAUUGUUCGGUGGAACUGAGUCCGUUAGGAAACCAGUUCUUGACAGACAUCUUUGAGGCGUAUGAUAAGGAUCAAGAUGGGGCGUUGUCGCAGAGCGAGUUGGAUGAUUUGUUCUCGACGUCGCCGGGGAAUCCAUGGAUAUCGCAGGGAUUCCCGGAUACGACGAUUACGGAUGAUAUGGGACGCGUCACGUUGCAGGGCUGGCUCGCGCAGUGGAGUAUGACUACGCUACUCAACCACCGCACCACCCUCGCCUACCUCGCCCACCUGGGCUACUCUUCAUCCCCAGCAACAGACUUGCCAUCACCAUCCGCCCUCCACAUCACCCGCCCGCGUAAACAAGACCGCCGUCAACGCAAGGUCACGCGUAAUGUGUUUUUGUGCUACGUCCUGGGUGCCACGGGCUCGGGCAAGACGUCGUUGUUGAGGUCGUUUGUGAAUAAGCCGUUCUGGGGUGGGGAGGAUGGGUUUGGGGGGUAUGAGCCUACGACGAAGGUUUUGAGUGUUGUGAAUACUGUGGAGAUGGAAGGGGUGGAGAAAUACCUUGUUCUGCAAGAGUUUGGGUCCAAGUACGAGAGCGAAACAUUACGAAACAGUAAACGACUGGAUAUGGCCGACAUCAUCAUCUACGUGCACGAUUCGAGCGACACUAAUUCCUUCUCAUACAUCUCCAACCUCAGACAACAAUACUCUCUCGACAACAUCCCAGCAGUGUUUGUCGCCACAAAAUCCGACCUCGACCUCGCCCAACAGCGACACGAAGUCCAACCCGACUCCUACUGCCGCCGCCUCAACCUCCUCCCACCCAUGGCCGUCUCUGCCCGCUCCGGGCCUUUACCAAACCUCUGGGUCGCCAUCACGCGCGUAGCCCUCAACCCCACGUCCAAUACACCCCGAGGCCCGAGUUCGGCCAUGUCCCCGGCGCAGAGGGUGAGGAUGGUGGCUGGGUGGGGCGCGGCGUUCGGGGGGAUUAGUGUUGUGUUGGCGGUUUGGAUGAGGUGGCAGGGGUAUACGUUUAGGGGGAUUUGGGGCUGGGUGGCGAAAGGUGCGGGGUGGAAGAGUUAG